GAUCAUUCUCCUGAACUGAACCGCUGGCUCCUGCCUUUUCUCCCUGUGCUCGACAUUGAGAGACAUUCCAUUCGUAAUCGUCUCGAGGGAUUCUGGUCCCUCUUCGUUGAUCCUGCUCUGAGGUCUCUGGAGGCCUCGAAGUGUUGUACUUGUCCGCCGCUCCGGUGUGUUGAAGACAGCCGAUGGCAAGCCAUGGCCUCUUGCUUCGCUUAUUUCUCUCUCCGUCAUUCUUCACCGUCCAUGUCGCAUUGAGAUACUUGAACACCUACCCGGACCAUGUUGGCAUCACUUACUAUCUCACAUCGAGAUUGAAGGAAAUCGAUACAUACGAGUUGCGGGACGUAUGGGGUUUCAUUUGCCAUCUCCUUGUCACCCGACCUUCCAAUUCGAGAGCGUUGGAGGCAUUCGUCGCAGAUACCAUCCAACGUUCGACCCAUCUGGCCAUGCUCACUUUGUGGUUCAUGCAGGCCUCUCUGAAGGAUCUCUCAGCGACAUCCAAUCGCACACAGUCGUUCAUUGUCUGUCAACGCGUCUUGCACAAAUGCCAUGAAGUGAUCUUCGCAGACCUGCCUCCUCCAGCCCCAGCACCAUACGCAGCCCUAAGCCUUCCGUUCCAAUCUAGAUUCUUUCGGCGGAAAGUCAAAACCCAUUUCGAGCCAGUGGUCAUCGGAAUGUCGAUGAUAUUGGCAGGAGUACCGGGAAUGCCAAGAUUGACUGAGAUAAUGGGCCAGGUUGCGAUCGAGCAGGGUCGAGUCGAAGAAGAGGGAGCGCAAUAUAAAAGUGUGGAAGCGCAGGACGACGAGGUCACGUCGUAUAGUAGCCCCAGUACGGCUCGCCUUUCGCUCGAUGACGAUGACGACGACGAUAACGUCGGGAUGUCACAGUCCACGCCGGCGCUCAUUAUCCAGAAUGGCCCAGCAUCAACCCGCAUAUCCUCUUUUGGUCAUCGGACUAUCGAGGCUGCUCAAACGGCCCCCGCUUUGCCCCUUCACUUCCGGGACAUACGUCGUUCCAGACUAUCGGAAGAUCCUCUGGGUCAGCUCGACAACGAACCGAUAUCCACACCAUAUCAAUCCACCCCCUCCAUACAUUCGGCUCGCCCUCUACCUCGAUCUGGGUCUACAAACCUUGGAGAUAUCCUAUUAGGCGACUACGACAUCCCGUCUCAAACCCAUCUGCUACGAAGCCACUUCUGCCGUUCCGAGGUUCAAUUCUUAUUGACGUUGGAAAACAUCUCGAAUCGGUUGCUGGUUGUCCCACGUCCGGCGCGCGUGAGUGCCCUGCGAGCGGAGCUUACCGCGUUGAAUCACAAGCUUCCCGCCGAAGUUUGCAUGCCGAUGUGGUGUUCAUCGUCAGACGAAAUCAAAGCGAACGGUGUGGCAGAACCGCACCACCGGAUCGUGCGAAUCCCUCCGGGUGAGAGUGUGGUGCUCAAUUCGGCCCAGCACGCUCCGUAUCUGCUUCUUAUCGAGCUGCUCAGCAACGACUUGGACUUUGAUCCCGUGAAGCGCGGAAACAAAGAGGUUUUGAAGAAAAUUGUUGUCAAGGAGCAUGAGAGAAAGGGUGCAUCGGCCGAUCUGAUCCCCUUCAACGGAAGGAUGAAAGUCGAGGAGAUCACUAUUCCUCCAGAACCCGACACCCUGGUUACAGUCGUGACACCAUCGGAUGAGGAAGAGAUGGAUCUCGUUGAGCAGCUUUAUGGCGCGGACCAAUCCUUACGGUCUCAGGCCAUGGACUUGUCAGAUUCGAUUGUGGUUCUGCCUGCUCUGAAGAACAAGGACCUGGAUAUGGCCGCUUGGUCCCGUCCCAUGCCGCCCUCUCCAUCGACGAAUGAACACGUGCGAUCUAUAUCACGCUCCGCCUCGCAGCACUCGCCGCCCGAUUCCUCCGCCCCACACGUGAUAUCCCUCGACGAUUAUUCCGAACGGAUGCGGACGGCUGCGAUCAUGCUGGCGCAGCUGAACGCCAAUCUGACGCACCAUUCCGUCACGCACAUUCCAGUCGACGUCACCGUCCCGCUGCGGUGGUUGCCUGGCUCGGCGUGGCUCACCAGUGCUCCCGAAAACAACGGCGCAGCUGAUGGACAGGCGGGUGGACGCAUGCGACUCCAAUACGCCGAAGCCACAGCCAUCCGAGAGCGCAUCAUGAAGGAAAUGAUGGAUCUCGAGGAAGAAAGGAUGGCGCGCAUGAAGGAGAUUCGUGAGGAUAGAGCCGCCGUGGGCGAAAGUGUGGCCAUGAAAUCGGUCGAGGAUGAGGGGAUCAUCAUACGCGAACUGGACAAGGCCGAUCCGUCUGCCGCUGUGUUCAGCGAGUCGUGGAUUGCUAAAAAGAGCCGGAUCCGGCAAGGCUCGCCAUACGGUCAUCUGGGUUUGAACGUUCACUUCCUCCUGCGACCAGACGACUCAUUCCCCGUAGCAAAUUGGGAUUGCGUCUCAGUCAUUGUCAAGACAGGAGCCGAUUUGAGGCAGGAACAACUCGCUGUGCAACUCAUCCACGAGUUUCAGCAAUUGUGGGAAGAGGAAAGUUGCGGCUGCUGGGUCAGAUAUUUCCGGAUCAUCAUCACUGGGGCCAACUCUGCUCUGGUGGAAACUAUCACUGACGCCGUAUCGAUCCAUUCGAUCAAGAAAACAGAAUAUGCUCGACGUCUCGCCGAGGGCCGACUGGGUCAUGUCAGUCUAUUGGAUCACUUCAAGAAUACAUAUGGGGACCCAUCAUCCGCCAAGUUUGCUAGAGCCCAGCGCAACUUUGCCAAGUCUCUGGCAGGUUACUCGGUGGUCACGUAUCUGCUGCAGGUGAAGGACCGCCACAACGGGAAUAUUCUGCUCGAUCGGGAUGGCCAUCUUGUCCACAUCGAUUUCGGGUUCAUGCUUAGCCAGUCUCCGGGAAAUCUAGGCUUCGAGGCAGCGCCGUUCAAAUUACCUCUGGAAUACGUCGAAGUCCUGGGCGGGACACAAAGCCCGAUGUACCUCGAAUUCAAACGUCUAUUCCGCGAAGGCUUCGAGGCAGCCAGGAAGCAUUGUGAUCGGUUAACUACCUUGGUCGAGCUGAUGCAGAAAGACUCGACGUUGCCGUGCUUUGCCGCAUUCGGCGAGCAAACUGCCAACCAAAUGCGGAAUCGCAUGCAGCCAGCCAUGACUCAAGCGCUGGUCGGGGAUCACGUCGAGCGCCUGAUCGAGACAUCUCUGGGGUCUCAUUGGACCCGCCUAUAUGAUUCUUACCAAUAUUACUCGCAAUCAAUAUUAUAA